AUGAGCUUUGCUAUCCACGUCUCGCUUUCUCAACCACCCGUGAUCGACUUCAAAUACGAGAAACCAGAGGGCGCGGAGGCACCGGACGGUACGGCCAAGAUCGAGCGCACCAAGGAGCACGAUGAUGCCAUAGUCAAGGCGAUCGUGGCCCGGGCUGACAAGAACACGACGAUUUGGGAUUCCCUAGGAUCGUUGGAAGGGCAUCUCGGUUACUCCGCGGCCCUGUGGCGUGCGUACUACGGGCGGCACUGCGAAGAGUUCGCGACGCAAUGUGAUGCCCAGCAGACUGGCCAAGUGGAUCCCAACACAUCCGGGGACGGUAAUCCUACUCGGUCUGGACGUGGCCGCAACCGCGGUUCCUCCACGGCAUCGACUCAGGGUACCCUUCUCGAGACGCCUCAGGCUGCGCCAUCGGCCAAUACUCGCGGCGCUGCACGCAGGACUGGGAGGGGAGGUGCGGGCGCCAGUAGACACGCGGCUGUGCCGGCUCGCGGAAAGCAGACAACUGCCAAGAGAUCUAAAACGACGGAGGAUGAGCGAGACUUGAUGCUGCAGUGGGUGAAUGUCCACGGGUCGACUGCGAGAGGUUGGGAAUUGUUUGCGGAGCGGUACGGCGGUACUCCAAACGGUACUGCCUGGCGCAGCAGAUACGACCGCUUGAGGACGAAGAUGAAGAUGGAGGAGCUGGAGGCGCGUCACAAGUAG